AUGCUUCGUUCCAGAGGGGCCUAUGCCCAUCUCUUGAAGACGGCGGGGCGCGACCUCGCCCUCGCGAGGACGAUCGAGGAGUGGAUAAAAAAGGAUAGAUUGGAUGGCGAUCUCUACAUCGCCAAUCUGCUGCUCCAUUUCUACGGCCGGAGCGGCGGCGCCCACGACGCCCGGCGAGUCUUCCUCGAGAUCCAGCGCCCCAAUGUCUUCUCUUGGAACAUCCUCUGCCAGGCGCUUGCCGAGAAUGGGCAUCAGUCUGACGCCACCGAGCUCUUCCACCAGAUGCCGCGGCGCGAUCCAGUGUCGUGGUCGUCAAUCGUCGCCGCGCAAGUCGAGAGCAGCAAUCUCGCGCUGGCCUUUGAGUUCUUCGCCAAGAUCCCGCAGUGGAGCAUCUACUGCGUCAACGAGAUCGUUACAGCAUUUGCCCGUGGGGGCUAUCUGGAGCAAAUGAAGGAUCUGUUUGACAGGAUGGUCGACCGCAGUGUGAUCUCGUGGACGACAAUUCUUACCGGCUAUGGUGAUCUCUGUUUGCUAGAUCUUGCCGUGGAAGUGUUUGACAAGAUCCCGCAGCGCAAUAUCGUUGCUUGGAACGCAAUGCUUGCGGCAUUUGCCUUAAAUGGCCAUUUGGAAAAGGCGAGGCGUUUGAUGGAUGAAAUGCCCGAGGCGGAUCUCAUCUCUUGCGCGACAAUGUUGGCGGCGCUGGGAGAGUUUGAGCAGCACGAAGAAGCGGAGUUUCUCUUUAGGAAGAUGCCGGUGAGGAACUUGAGGAUCUGGAACUCCAUGGCAGCGGCGUAUUCGCACAAUGGUCUCGUCGAUCAGGCCGAGAUCUUCUUCGAGAGAAUGCCACAGCAUGAUCUCGUCUCGUGGAAUUUGAUUCUCAAGGCCUACUCGAGGGUGGGAUUCAUGGCCGAGGCACAGGAGAUCUUUGAAAAGCUCCCGAGAAGAGACUCCAUCUCAUGGAACACACUCAUGGUUGCCUAUGGAAGAGCAAAGCAUUUGGAAAUGGCCUGGCAGGUCUUCAAGCGUAUGCCUCAGAGAUCAUCGGUGUCGUGGGCUGUGUUGCUGGAGCUCUUCGCUUUCCACGGAGCAUCGUCUAGGCUUGUGGAGAAGAUUUUCAAGAAAAUGCCGAGCAGGGACCAUCUUUCAUGGCUGUUGCUGCUCGAGGCUUAUGGUCGCGAUGAAAAAGUUGGCGCGAUGGAGAGUUUGUUUCAGGCGAUGCCUCGGCAAUCGCUAGCAGCCGGGACUCGUCUCGUAGAGGCGUUUCACGAUAAUGGUUUUGGAGAGAAGGGGUUGGAGUUGUACGAGAGCUUUUCUUUCAAAGAUGAGGAUUUCCUAUGCGAGCUUCAAGAUGAGAGGCAUUGA